AUGGCGGCAUCUAUCAAAGCGGACUACCUCGUUGUUGGCACAGGCGCAAUGGGAAUGGCAUUCGUCGAUACCUUGCUCUCGGACACCAACGCUUCUGUGGCCCUCGUCGAUCGCUACAGCCGACCCGGAGGACACUGGACCACGGCCUACUCUUUUGUGCGGCUUCAUCAGCCCUCUGCCUUCUAUGGCGUCAACUCCAAAAAGCUGGGCAAUGGCAUGAUUGACAAAGUCGGCUGGAACAAAGGCCUGCAUGAAUUGGCCACCAGCGAUGAGGUCCUGUCAUACUACGAUCAGGUCCUGAACCAAUACUUCUUGCCAUCUGGACGAGUCCAGUACUUCCCCAAUUGUAACUACAAAGGCGACGGGAAGUUCGUCUCCAUGCUCUCAGGCAAGAGGUUCCAGAUGGCUGGCUGUUCCACCCGCAUCGUCGACUCCACAUACAUGCGCGUUAAGGUGCCGUCCAUGGGCCCUCCGGCGUACCAAGUCGCCCCUGGCGUCCCUUUCCUGACGCCAAACUUGCUGUCAAAAGUAUCGGAGCCCUUCGCCAACUUCACCAUCGUCGGUGCUGGCAAGACAGGCAUCGACGCCUGCCUGUGGCUACUUUCACGAGGCAUCGAUGCCUCAAAAUUGACGUGGAUCAUGCCCAGAGACUCGUGGCUCUUUGACCGCAGCGAGAGUCAACCAGGCCCGGAGUUUGCUGAGAGAAGCCUCAGUGUCAUUCCCACGCAGAUCGAGGCCAUCAUGGCAGCUACCUCUGUGGAUGAUUUAUUGAAGCGGCUGGAAAGAGCGCAGCAUCUUUUGCGCAUCAGCGACGACGUCUGGCCGACCAUGUUUCGUUGUGCCAGCGUGUCCGUGGCCGAGUUCGAGCAGCUCAAGAAGAUCACGAACAUUGUCCGCCAGGGCCGGGUCGUCAGCAUCGGGCUUGAUGAGGUCAAGUUCGACAACGGGAGCAGUUAUCAGCCGCAGCCCAAAACUCUCUUUGUAGACUGCACAGCGGACGGAUUGCAGAAGCGCGAGGCAAUCCCAGUUUUCAACGGAAACCUAAUCACGUUGCAAGCUGUCCGUGCCUGCCAGCAAGUCUUCAGCGCAGCCUUCAUCGCCCACGUCGAGGCGGCUUACAAUGACGAUGAGAUCAGAAACGAGCUCUGCCGUCCGAUCCCGCAUCCAGACCAGGACUUCGAUUGGUUGCUCAUGACAUGCCUAAAUCUUGAGAACACCAUGCGGUGGCACGCGCAGCCCAAAACCACAAAGUGGCUUUCCCAGGCUCGUCUGGACUGGGUCGGUGCCAUGCUGGCCUCUCCCAGUACCGACGGCGACUCGGCAAAAAGGCAGGACCUGAUGCAGGCUAUGGCUCCGCAAAUCCAUGCGGCAUGUGAGAAGCUUAAGCUUUUGCUUGCUCAACUCCCGCCCAAGGAUAGAGAACGAAUCAAAGCGCAGAUUAUUGACGCGUAA